UGUGAGCAAAAGCUCCUUCCUCUCACAAUAUUAAUCCUAAGCUUCUCUGGCGAAUUUCAAGGAAGAUUUUUAGAUUUUUUUUUUUUUGGCUACCAUCUUCUUCUUCUUCUUGAGCUGAAGAGGAUGAGGUAAAGUUUGAAUCUUUUUGUUCUCUGCAACUUGGAAGUGUUAAACCCUAUUUCACUUUGACUUUUGCUUUCUAGCUUAGCUCUGUGAAAUUGUGAGGAUUUAGCCGUGUGCCUUUGGUUUUUGGUGGAGUUCAUGAAAAUGGGUGAAUUUGUGGUUAGUGAGGAUAUGGAGACUGUGAAGAACGAGAAGAACAUGGAAGAAGAAGAGAGUGGUGGUGUUGGUAGUGGCUCUGCAGAGGUGGUGAGCUGGGGGAGCUAUCUGCCGAAAAUGGUGCUCAGGGUUCUUCUGAUUGAAGCCGAUGAUUCGACGCGUCAGAUCAUCUCUGCGCUUCUUCGAAAAUGCAAUUACAGAGUUGUUGCUGUUGGCGAUGGAUUAAAGGCAUGGGAGGUCAUAAAGGGGAAACAUCAUAAGAUAGAUCUUAUAUUAACUGAAGCAGAGCUACCGUCAAUAUCCGGAUUUGCGCUCCUUACUUUAAUCAUGGAGCAUGACAUGUGCAAGAACAUCCCUGUGAUAAUGAUGUCCUCUCAGGAUGCUGUUAGCACGGUUUUGAAAUGCAUGCUAAAAGGUGCAGCUGACUAUCUCAUUAAGCCUGUCAGGAGGAAUGAGUUGAGGAACCUUUGGCAGCAUGUUUGGAGAAGGCAAACUAUUGGUGUUCCACAGCAUAAAGCUGAAGCCACUUCUGAGAAUAAUGCAGCAAGUAAACAUUCAAAUGAUUAUGCAGUUUCUAUGCGAGGAAAUAAGGAAUGCAGUGAGAAAGGAAGUGAAGCCCAAAGUUCUUGUACAACACCUUUCUUGGGAGCUGAGAGUGCAUACAUGCAAAAUAUGCAGGAUAUUUCACAACUAAAGUAUGGGAGUGCUUCUAAUUUGAGCAAUACAGAUAUGGAAAGGCUUGAAGAGUGUGCUAGGCUAGCGAAGGAAUCUGUUAUGCAUGAGAGUGAAUCAAAAGAGAAGUCGGGUACAUUUGGAUCAGAUGAUGCACCUUUGAAUGGUCAUACCUCAACUGCUAUAAGACUGAGAGAGGACCAUGCUUCUGCUAUAAAAAUGGUUGAAGGUGAAGGUAUCCUACCAGAAAGUUACAAAGGAAAUGCUAACAUCUCUAGUGAAACUCACAGCUGCUCUUAUGAACUGGAUGAACCAUCCAGUGGAGCUAUUGACUUCAUUGGCACCUUUGACAAUCCACCCAAGUGCACUGUUGGACACCCUAAGAGUAGAGAGGAUGGUACAAAGCACAUGGGAUGUGCUCCCCAAUUGGAACUUUCUUUGAGAAGUGGUUUGGGUAGUUCAAAAAAGCAAGUGAGUGACGAAAGGCCUUUGCUGAACCAUUCUGAUGCUUCUGCCUUUUCAUGGUAUAAUAAUAGCAAGACACUGCAAUCCCUUUUCCCAACAUUUCCCAGUACUAAAUCAGAGGUUGCAAGUAAAUCCCAUGAUAGCCAAGAAAUGUCUACCUUGGUAUCCCGUCAAACUGCCCAAGCUGAUAUAUCUUUGCCAGGUCCUCAACUUGGGAUGAUUGGGGUAAGGUCUGAUAAUAUUUGUGCUGGAUACGAUCAUUCUUUCCCAUCCUUGUUUGUUAGACAAUCAGAUUUAACCCCAACAUGGAGUACCAAAUCAGUUUGCCAUGGAGCACAGUCCUCCUUCCCUGUGAAUACUUCAAAUCAUUCAAAUCCUGAAAUUCACCACUCAGAACAAGAUUGUCACCUGUCCGAUAAAACUACCUAUAAAUCUAUUGACCAAACCAUGCAUGAACAGAACAAACUGGAGCGCAUGGAGGAAUCUAGACCUGGCUCUCCUGCUACUGGGCCGAGUGCUUGUAGUAGUUUGGGCAAUGCUGUUGGCAAUAAUAUUGGUAGCGGCACAUAUGGAAGCAAUUGUACUAGCAAUGAUGGAGAUGCCUUAGCUGUGGCUAGUGAGAUUACCGCGGCUUCUGAGAGCUUGAAUGGCAGUGGUCGCUAUGUUCAUGAGGGACUUGGAGGAGCUGAUUCUCUUCGUUCCAGCCAAAGGGAAGCAGCUCUGACUAAGUUCCGACUGAAGCGGAAGGAUCGAUGCUUUGAGAAGAAGGUCCGAUACCAAAGCCGGAAACUACUGGCAGAGCAGCGGCCCCGGGUGAAAGGUCAGUUUGUGCAUCGGGCGCAGACUGAUUCUCCAACUGCAGAUGCUGCUGUUGAGUUAUAACACUGAGUUCUGGCGCCUUCCACUGAACAUGGGUUAGUUUAAAGCGAAGAAUCUUUGGUUUGUGUGGUGCAGGAUUCCUUCUAUAUUCUUGAAGCUUUUGUAAAGAAGCACAGAAUGAUGCAGUUAAUGCUGAAGACUACAAUUUGCAGGUUUCUUUGGCAUAAUUGCCAUUGGGUUUUUGUUUUAGUUUGGGAUUAGAAAAGAGGUAGUGCUGUAAUUAAGUAUCGGUUUUAUCUCUACAUAGUAUGCUUUGUAAUGCGUGCACCUCAUAUAAGUGAUUGUAGUUAGAGAGGUUUAAUGCUAUAAUAUAUAUAUUUUUUGGUCGAAUGGUGUAAUAAUUUGCAUCAAAAUGUUGUUUUGCCAGUUGGA